AGGCUGCCUAGAAGGCCCGUCGUGAACGCACGAGUGCUUCAGUCUCGCGUUUCGCCUUGCUGUCGAAUACUCGCAGUCCAUUCUCAUCUCGUCAACAUGGGCUGGCUAAACAAUGGAGUGUCCGUGAUGUUUGCCGUUAUAGUCACCGGCAGCAUUGUCACACACCAUCCUCCUCGUGAGCCAACGGACGCAUUUAGGAUGCUUGGUGCUUUUCCCCGUGUUGUGGCCAUAUCCUCCUCCAAUAACGACACUUCGUUCAAAUGCCUUGCUGCAACAAGAACUCAUUUGAUCUGGAAGCAAAGAAGGCUUCCUAUGUGUGGCACUUGGGCGGAAGCCAUGCAGCCACUGCUACGAGGAACGUCACAUUCGACAUUCAAGCAGGAAAUGCUCCUGACCAGACAACCUACUUUAUUGACAACGACCGGACUCGCCCCUACACUGCCUACUACAACUACACUGAUUACGAAACUUGCAUGGUCAUGAUAGUUCCAUACAACAACCACGACCAUUGCUUACUGUGGGUCAAACCUGCUGUCGCACAUGCUGUCCCUAGGCACUGUUUGGACAACUACGAAGAGACGUGCGAUGUCCGGGUUCCACAGUAUGACAAUGACCUCUGUGGCCAUCAGGAAUAAAGUGUCAUGUUUCUUAGAACUACUCUUCAUGGAACAUUUCUUUUUUUGACGAAAAAGUAUUCCUAUGUAGCACCAGCUUCUGUAUAAAUGUAGUGGUAGUGAGAGUUAUCAGUUAGAGUUUACGACACCUUGUAAAACGACAAUAUCAGCACGCAUACUCUGUAAGAUCUUUCACUCGGUACAAUCUUUUACAUUUCUUUUUUUUUAUUUCACCUAAAAACGAUUUACUUCGCUAUUGAUUGAUAACGUGAAAUAAAAUUGACGUUUUGUUUGACUGACACCAUGUUUAUUCAGAAUAAAAAACGCUCAUUUUUUGCUAUCUUUC